AUGUCAAAUUUCACUCUUGAUUUAUACUUUAAAGAAGAUUACCCCGAAUAAAAAUUGAAGCAGCUACAGUAGCUAAUAAGAUCUAAAGCAAGAUAUCAUGCUUAGGAAACUAAAAACAAAGGAAAAAAUAUAUUUCUUAAUGUUAAUGCUAGUAAAGAUUCUAAAGAAUUUUGUGAUGAAGUAAUAAAGCUUUUUAGAAGCUUUUAAGAUAGCGAAGAGUUUCUCCGUUAGUGCCUUUAUCAAGUGAAACUAUAAGUAAAUUGCUUAGGUGAAGAUAGAAAUUUCUUAAUACUAAUCCCUGUAUUAAUUUAUGAUUUUAUGAAGUAAAUUACAGAUGUGAGCUUUGAAUUCUAAAAUACAGAUAUAACAAGCAAGAAUAUUGACGAUUUAACAAAUAUUUUUAAAAUGUUCAGAUACUUAGAAUCUUUUACAAUUAAAUGUAAUGAAUAAAUCUGCUUUCAAAAUAAUUAAUAGUUAGAAUUAUUUUGCAAUUCUUUAUCGCCUCUUAUCACCAAUCUCAAGUAUUUCUAAAUCCUUAAUAAUAGGAAAGAAAAAAAUACAGGAUACACAAUUUCUAUUCCAUCAAAUUUUACAACCUAAAUUUCAAAACUCCUCACUAAUUGCAAAAUGCUAAAGUGUUUAAAGUUAGAUUUUGCCUAUAUGGGUUGGGAUAGAGAAAGAAUUCGUUAUAUACCUUAAAAUAUUUUAACUAAUUUGCUUAUGUAUUGUGAUUAAUGGCCAGAUACUUUAAACAUUUUAGAAAUUAACUUUGAUAGAAUGACUUAUCAGAAUUCAAAUGUAGAUUUUUAUCAAGUUUAAUUUUUCCUUAUAAAACUUACUGCUUUGAUUAGAAAGUAAGCUGAUUUAGAAGAAUUUUCUUUUGAUUUAUCUGGGUUUAAUCCUUUCAAUAAUUAAGAUAUCUCAAAAUAAUUGAUUUAAUUAUCUGAAGAGUUAAAAAAUGUUAGAAAACUAAGCCUAUAGCUUGGAGGUCAUUUUAAGUUAUCAGCUUAAGAUUGGAAAAUCUUUCUAAAAAACAUUAGUAGUAUAAAAAAUCUUGUAAGACUAAAUCUUAAUAUUGAGUUUUGGAAAGAUUUUGUUUUAAACAAUCCUUGUAAAAAAUAAUAUCAUACAUCUAUAAUAUAAGAAUUUAUCAACAAUUUAAUAAAUAACCACAAAUUUGAUCUUGAAAGUUUGUCUUUCAAUACAGAUGAUUGGUUUUUUUUAAAUAAUGUCGAAGAACAAAAUAUAAUCAAUUAAAUAUCUUAAUUUUAAAAUCUUAAUGAAUUAACAUUACUUUUUUAUAAGAGUAAAUCAUUAAAUUACUAUAAGAUUUAAUAAUUUGAAUAAUAAGUUAAACAAGGAAGCUUAUGUAAAAACAAUUAACCAUCCCGAGUAUAAUUACCUUAAAUAUAAACAAUUUAAAUAAAACAUUAUUCAUAAAAUGAAACUCCCUAAAAAAAAGUAUCUGAAAAUGAAGUAAAUACAGAAUAAAUUAUCAAAAGCCAAGAAAAAGUAAGCUAGAAAAAAUCAUCCUCAAAAAAAUUGACUAAAAAACAAGAAGCAGAAUAAUAUUUAAAAGAAUUAUUAUCAAAGCAUCUUUCAAAUUAAACAUAAAAUGAAAAUUCAAUUAAAGAAGAUUUAAAAAAAAAAUAUUUAAGUUCUUAAACUGAAUGA